UUUCAAUAUCGAUAGACGCAAUGUUGAAGACUGUUCUUCUUUUAUCCUGCCUGCUAGUAGCAGCCAGUGCUUCCGAUUUGUUUCGCGUAAAGAUUCAAAAAAUCAAAUCAGUACGCAAGCACUUUGCCGAAGUCGGUACUGAACUCGAAAGCCGUAAAUUAAUUCAUCCACGUGCAAGAAAUGGUCUUGCCAAAGAACCACUUACCAACUAUUACGAUUCCCAGUACUAUGGAGACAUAACCAUUGGAACACCACCACAGAAAUUUAAAGUAAUUUUUGAUACUGGCUCAUCCAAUCUUUGGGUUCCCUCUAAGCAAUGUAGUGCUUCAAAUUAUGCCUGUGCCAUGCACAACAAAUAUGAUUCAAGGAAAUCAUCCACUUACAUCCAGGAUGGUAACCAAUUCGCUAUUGCCUACGGAACUGGCUCGCUAUCUGGUUACUUGUCCACUGACAACGUUAACAUGGGUGGUAUGGAAAUUCAACAACAAACUUUUGCCGAAGCCAUCGAUGAACCCGGUAGUGUGUUUGUUGCUGCUAAUUUUGAUGGUAUCCUUGGUUUGGGUUACCAAGCUAUCGCAGUCGAUGGAGUAGUUCCUCCAUUUUAUAACUUAUACAGUCAAGGAUUGAUUCAAGCUCCAGUAUUCUCAUUCUAUUUGAAUAGGAACGAAAAUGGACAAGAAGGUGGUGAGCUUAUUUUUGGAGGAUCCGAUAGAAGCCACUACAAGGGAGAGUUUACAUAUUUGCCAGUCACUGAACAAGGCUAUUGGCAAUUCGCAAUGGAUGGUGGACAUGUUGGUGGUGUAUCUUUCUGUAAAUAUGGUUGCCAAGCUAUCGCUGAUACUGGCACCAGUCUAAUUACUGGACCAACAAGUGACAUCGAGGCUAUCAAUAAUGCUAUUGGAGCACAAAGCGAUGAAUAUGGUGAUUACUUUGUCGAUUGUGAGUCGAUUUCUCAAUUGCCAACUAUUAACUUUGUUUUGGGUGGCAAGACAUUCGCCUUGGAAGGCAAGGACUAUAUUCUUAACUCUGGUGAUGAUACUUGUACUGUUGGAUUCAGUGCAAUGGAUCAAUAUGCUUUGAAUGAACCCAUGUGGAUUCUUGGUGAUGUAUUCAUUGGAAGGUUCUAUACUGAGUUUGAUUUAGGUCAGAACCGUGUAGGUUUCGCUGAAGCUGUCUAAAGAAUGACAAAUUAUUUUUGUUAUUGUAGUAUUUUAAAGUGUUUCCUAAAGUUGUA